AUGGCUACCGUCACCGUGGUCAUCGUCGGAGGCUCCUUCGCCGGCCUGAAAAUUGCCCACGCUUUGCUCAAGGAUGUGCCCAAUGUCAAGAUUGUGGUGAUCAACCCAUCGCGGAGCUGGUACUUCCCCAUUGCUGCGCCAAGGAUCUUCGCAAAGCCCACUGCCUUCCGCCCAGAGCAGUACCUCAUUCCAAUCACGGACAUUCUCGCCAAAUACCCCUCCGAGAAAGUGGAGUUUAUCGCCGGGACGGCCACUGCCAUUGACGUGACAGCCAAGACCGUCUCUCUGACGGAGACGGGCAGCGAAAACACCAAGUCGCUGUCCUAUGACUAUCUCGUCAUUGCAUCCGGAAGCACGACCGAUGCCACUACUGGGAAGAUCACCGGCACGCCCAUGCCGUUUAAACAGACCGGCCGUGAUGACAUGAACGAGCUGAUCGAGUCGUCGCAGCAGCUCAUCCAGAACGCAAAGGAGAUCGUCAUCGCGGGCGCAGGGCCCAUUGGAGUCGAGCUAGCGGGUGAACUCGCCGAGGCGGUUGAGCAGAACGGCAAGGCCGGCCAGGUCUCCAUCACACUAGUCUCGGCGACGGACCGCGUGCUCCCAUCGCUCAAGUCGAGCGGCAGCACCGCUGCUAGGCAGUUGCUGGAGCAAAAGAAGAUCAAAGUGAUCACGUCCCGGCGGGUUACUGGCGUGGAGGAAUUGACGCCUAGUGACGGCACCAAGAAGUCGUGGACUGUCUCCCUGGACAACGGGGACAAACUGUCCGCUGACCUGUACAUCCCCACGACGGGCGUGGUUCCCAACAACAGCUUCAUUCCGGCGCAGUUCCUCGACAAGGACGGCUGGGUGAAGGUCGACAAGGAGCUGCGCGUGCAAGGGGAGGACAGCAAGGCUUCUCUGCCGAUCUAUGCGGCCGGCGACAUCACCAACAACUGGCAGCGGUUUUCCUUCAAGGCUGUGGAGCAGGCCGGCGUGGCGGCGGCUAACCUCAAGGCUGAUAUCCUGGGCAAGGGUGGUCGGAAGACCUACGACCAGGGCGAGGCAGUCAUGAUGGUGGUGCCUGUGGGCGAGGCUGGAGGUACUGGCCAGAUCUUCGGCAUGACGCCGUGGAGCUUUAUGGUGCGGAUGAUCAAGGGCAAGGAUUUCUUUGUGAGCAAGGCGGCGUCGCUGAUUGGGGCGUAG